AUGAGCAGCAUCAGCAUCAUCCCCGACGCUGCUGCGGAAUUCGACUCGCUGAGAAAGGAGCCUGCAGAAGCAAUGCUGAAAAGUCUAUCAGCGCCUGCACCACCAGCAACAGUUGCUGGAACAAGGCAAUCGAGACCCUCUGCACCAAACUCCGAUUCAGAAAAGAAAAUAGAUUUGCCAGCGAUCCGCGCUCAUCCAACCCCCCCAAGAAUCUCAGAGCCGGUAUGUGAAACUUCACAACUCCCCUCAAGCUCCAGGGGAAGAGAGGCAGUUCCAACGACAACGCCAGCGAAGUAUGUAGAACUUUCAGCUGCAGAAACACAGCCAAACGCAGCGUCAGGAUCUAAAAGCGAUGAAGCUGCAGCAGCAGCGAUUCAUGCAGCCGCCGUACCAACAACUCCGGCAGGUGUUGCAGCAACUUCCGCUGCAGUGGCAGCGGCAGAGUCGAAGAGCCAUGAAGCUGCAGUACCUCCCCCAUCAAAAAGUCAUGAAGCUGCAGCGGCAGAGUCGAAGAGCCAUGAAGCUGCAGUACCUCCCCCAUCAAAAAGUCAUGAAGCUGCAGCGGCAGAGUCGAAGAGCCAUGAAGCUACAGUACCUCCCCCAUCAAAAAGUCAUGAAGCUGCAGCGGCAGAAAGCACGUCAGAAACAGCCUCAGCGCCAGCGUCAGGUGCAGCAGCAGUUGCUACAAGAACUAUGUUGCCAGAAGCAUCCACAGCGGAAGAGCUCGAUGCAUCAACACCUUCUGCGAAAGCGCACGUCUCCCCAGUGACACCAGAUGCAGCAGCAGAUGCAGUACCAAAUAUGGAAACUCAGGGGAAGGAGGCCAAUAGUAGCGAGCAGCAGCCGGAGGAGGAAAGGGAGUCGCAGAAACACCUUUCGAUGCAGGAUCCGUUGUCGCUGCAACGCGGCUUCUCGCACUUCAUGAAUCUUCCCAAGCUCCAUGAGAGAAACAAGGGCGAAAGGGGGGCAGACGAUGGCACAAGGCGUCGCAGCGGCAGUGUUGUUGGAGAAGGCGAAGCAGACAGCCGAUACAGGCCUAGUAGCAAUGGAAGCACUGACACAGAGAGAAAGCAGGAAGAGGGAGACGCGACGAAGCGACUUGCUGACGGGCUGGAGGAUGUUGUGGAGUAUAUACAGUCGGACGCUGAAAAAGUUGAACUGGUGAGUGGAGAGGAUGACGCAAGCGAAAUUCCCCAAAGGGAUGGCACUGCAGAUGCUGCGCGAACUGGGGAGAAGGGAGCAGAGACAGCCGCCCCUCUCUUAUCCGCAGAUGCUGCUGCCUCUGCUCGUCCUCCCGAGUAUAGUGGCUUUCUAUGGAAGAAAAGCCCUGUUGCGCUGGUGGGGUGGCAACUUCGUUGGUUUGUUCUAAAAGACAGGCGAUUGCUGUACUACAAGCAGAAGGGAGACGUGCGGCCUCUAGGGCGGCUCGACUUGGAGCUGAUUCGGAUCAAAGUGCAGUGUCUGUGGAACCCUCGCCAGCUGCAUGGAGGGCUUGUCGCAAUGGGGGCGAGUUUCUUGGAGCCGCCAAGCCAUCUCCUUGACUUACUUUGCUGCGGAGGACGUCUAGGGAGCAAGGCUGCCCUCUCUGCUGGGGAAGAGCAGCCUACGAGACUCAGAUUCCGCAUCAAGCCCCUUGGAAGCAAGCGCAUAUUUGAGCUUGCAGUAGGGAACAGCGCGACGCAUGACACAGCUCAUGCCCGGGCAGGAAGCGCACAAAAAACACACAAAAAACACACAAAAAGCACAGGCGCGUGUUGGUAUCGUGUUUCUUUGUGGCGUGCUCAGGGCCAUGUUAACGAGGUGAUUGAGUGGAUUGAUAAUCUGCGCGAAUCUUACAGGGGCAGUCAUAUGAAGGAGUCUAGCGCCGCGGCUCUUGUCGCUGGACAGAAGCUUUUUUGGAAGAUUGAGAGGGUAUCGCCUUCAGUCUUCCAGGAUGUUAGUUCCACCGGAGAUAUCCUCCUUUUCAGGACGCUGAGAUUCAAUGCCAAAAUGCAGAGGCUCAUCACGAGAGGGACCUACGAUCACGUGGGGAUGGUGCUGCGGAAUAGGCGAGGCAGUAUUUAUAUUCUUGAGUGCAUGGGUGAUACUGGCGUUAUUUUGACACCCUGGUCGUCCUUCGUGCGAAAUCAAUGGUUUCGAGUUUACCAGCGGUGCGUCUUUACCAAAAGCUCCUUGGGGAACCACGGCCUGUGCAAUGCCUUUGUCUUGACGGGUGUGAGACAAAGGCUUGUGCGUAGAUGGCCAGUCCUUUUCUUCUCAGCGAGAACCGUGUAUACGAAAUGGUGCAACGCACAGUCCCUGGGGAAUGCCGUGUCUCUCUCUGUCGCUUCAUGCUGCUUUUUUCGAGCUGUGCAAGCACACGUUUUCUGA